UUUCAGUCCAAGUCAGAUUCCGCUCUGAAAAAUCUGUCGCCAUGUUGUGUCGCAACUGUUCAAAUGUUCGUUUCCAAUGGUUUGAAGAGAUCGCCGAGGCCAGUGCUUAUGCGCAAAAUCCUAACAACAGUGUCUUCGAGACAUGCAGGAAAUACGACAUUUCCUCUGUGGAGCAAAAGUUCUACGUCCAUCAUGCCGACUUCCAACAUCUAGCCCAAUCCAAAGAUGCCGGUUGCUACUUCUGCGCUGCCUUGUGGUUUGCCUUCAAUGAGCCAUCAAGCGAUCCUGAGCAGGGCAAAAUUGAUUCAGUUUCUGCGGGAGAGGAAUCGCCGCUUUCGCCUGCUCACCUCGCCCAAGCCGACAGUCCCGAACCCUCCAGCAUUACCAGGACGUGUCCUGUUGUAUGGAGGGUCUUUGCAAGUCGCCGUGCGGAAUUCGCUUCUAAUAUGUGGUUCGACGUGGAAAGUUUUGUCUAUGUCUUCUGCGGUAAAUUCUUUAGAACGCUACAAAGAGUUCAGGUCCCCGAAGGUGCUUUCGCGCGGCUGACAUCCCGUAUCUACGAGCUUUGGGAGUCCAAACAGCUCCUCGAGAUUGACAACUCUACCCAAUCCAACGACACCUUCGAGCUUGCCAGAUUGUGGUACAACAACUGCCUUUCAAAUCAUCCGAGUUGCGCCACUCUAAGUUUUACGACUGAAGCAAUUCCACCAUUGCCGACCCGAGUGAUUGACGUCAGGGAAGAUGGUAUGGAGCCUGUCCUUUAUGAGCCUGGGCACGGCGAGACCGGUGAAUACAUCUGCCUCAGCCACUGCUGGGGAGGAACGAAGCCUCUGGACGUGAUUAGACACACCGGAUCAGGCCAAAGCCCAGAGACAGGCCGUUCUAACGUCUUCCAGCUUCCACAGCUAGCAACGUGGCCAAAAACCUUCAGGGAUGCUGUCGACAUUGCGCGCAAAUUCCACAUCCGAUAUCUCUGGAUCGACAAUACUAGCAUCAUCCAGAAGGACAAAGACGAUUGGGCGAAAGAAUCGCAGCGCAUGGCGCAGUAUUUCGGCAACGCGACAUUCACAAUCGCGGCAGCUUGGGCAUCGAACGACGAUCUUGGACUAUACCACUCCCAGAACCCUCUGUUAACCUAUCCGCUAUGCCUCUUUGAUCCGUCCGAUGUUCCACCCUGCAAGGGCUACUAUGUUAGUUUGAUGGGGCUGAAUUCCAGAGACAAAUACGAGGUCAUCAACACACCCCUGGCCAAGCGAGCAUGGGUUCUUCAGGAAGAGCAGCUGUCGAGGCGUAGACUCACAUAUGGUGCUAAGGGAGUCUAUUGGCUUUGCUUCUGUUGCUCAGCCUCUCUCGAUAACGUUAUGGGCUCAGAAGUCACACCGUAUCGACAUGAACGCUUUGGUGAUAAUCAACAGCUGAGAAUGCAUAUCCACCCGUCUCUAUCAGGAGCUCCGGCUGACGCGGGACGAAACCCUUAUUUGCAUCUCUGGUAUGCCCAGGUGGAGCAAUUCACGUCUCGGAACAUGAAGAUGAAAAGCGACGUUCUCCCGGCUCUUUCUGGUCUUGCACAAGCUUUUUCGAGCUAUAUGGAAACAGGCGAUCAGUACGCAGCUGGACUGUGGCAAAGUGAUCUCAUGCUCGGACUCCUCUGGACCACAGACCUCUGGAACACACGGGGUGUGAAGGUUCCAGGAGGUGCCACUAACUUCGACCCCGAGGGGUUCUCCGGGCCGUCAUGGUCGUGGAUAUGCCAAUGCCACAAGCGAAUCUACUUUCAUUUUCGUGAGAAAAUGCUGCCGGGAGGCAGAUGCGACUACCGGAAAAAUACAGCCCUUGUCGGCACCAAGAUCACGCGCGUCGAAAUCGAUCACCAGCCCUUUAGCGGCCCCUACGGCGAAGUCAAGGGCGGAAGGCUGUUCGUCACGGCGAAGCUCCUUUCUGUGCUCAUUUCGACUACACCUCACACGCUGACGAAUGAGGAUAAGACCAGGCGAAAUAUGAUCGGUGGCCAUGGUUCCAUCGUCUAUCUUCUUUCGGUGGACACCACGCCAUUCCCCUGGCUUGCUCGGCGGGGCAUUUGGUGCGAACGGGGCAGAGAAUUCAAGGGUGAAUGCGACGUAGAUGACAUGUUCGACGAGGCAUGCCGUUGGCUCGAUCCGCUUAGUGAUGUCGAGGCGAAGUUCCUGCCCCUGAUCAUGUACGAGGGAGACCCGGACGGCCUAAGAACAGCUGGGUUGGUGCUGGUUCCGAGCGGAAACAAAGAGGAUGAGUUUGUCAGGGUCGGCCGCGCUGAAGUUGAUAUGCCGAACUUUCAGACUUUGCAACGUUCGACGCUUCCUGUCAGGGAGAUCACGAUAGUCUGAGGCAGGACCUUGAGGUUCCGGGGGCCAUGCGCAUGCAGUAAAGGCGCGAUGAAUGGGGAUUUCGUGUUCAGACGACUGGCAACUCCUCUGGAUAGUGAGGCUGGGUACGUAGCUCAUCAGAAAUGCUCCG